GUCGCCGAACAUGAUCACGCCGACCACACCCUCGCUCUCUCUGGGGGCAUCCGCUACCACCGAUGACGAGGCUGACUUCCAGAGCGCAUACUCCACCAGCCCGCGCGGUAGCUAUGACAGUCAAGACAAUGUGACUGUUGAAUUGUACCGCGGCAGCGAUAGCGAGCAGGGGACUCCGACAAAGAACGUAUAUAGCCUCCAUGACUCAAUCCGGCAAAAUAGGGAUCGGGUCUCCAGCACCAGCACUGCGACCGAAGCCAAGGUCCGCCGCGAUACCGGCGCCAGUGUCGACACUGUCCUCACCGCUCGUCCUACCAUACUCGGAAGUUCCUAGUGCAGUCUCCAGUCUUUUGUAUAUUUAUCCACUCAGUAUAUCGUUCGUCUUGGUUUUCAUGUCUGUCUCUGUUCGCUGCGAUACAUCGACUCCGCCUUCACUAUCCUUUAGAUAUGAUGCUCGUGGUCACUCGGGUCUAAUACAUCGAAUACAUCAUGAGGGUCUAUUGUGCCCUGAUACAUCGGUUUAUCCUA